AUGUCUUUCGCUUCUCUGCCAACCGAACUUCUUGAAGAGGUCGGGAAAUAUUGCGACGGUCAACAGCUUGCUUCCUUCGCUCAAGUCAAUCGCAAGCUUUAUGCCAUCUUCAAUCCUCUUCUUUACAGGCAUAGCAUUGCCAACGACUCGCCCUCCAAGGAAUGUGUGAGGUGGGCCGUAGAGUAUGGCUCGCUCAACACGCUCAAGCACGCUAUUAGUCAAGGGGCAGACAUCAACGGCUCUUGCGCGAUAACGGAGGGAUAUGUUCUUUCUGGAAUAUCUUCAACACCACUGCAUAUCGCGACCGCGAACGGCUUCCAUGAGAUUGUGCAGUGGCUUCUUGACAAUGGCGCAAGUUUGCAUGAACCAUCAGUCAAGCUGUGCAAGUGCAACGUGUUGGGCACUUAUAAGUCGGGCCUCUUGUGGUAUCCUCUGCAUUUUGCAAUAUACCAUAGCGAUGAGGCCAUGCUGCGGCUUUUCCUCCAGAAAGGUGCCUACUUCUCGGCGCACAGGAUACCAGGCCUGCGAUGCGCCAUUGAGAGUGAACGGCUGGAUAUAAUCGACCUCCUCAUCCAGCAACCCAGCUUCGAUCCUCAUUACCAAGAUCUGUAUGAACAAAAUGCCCUUCAUUACGUCUCCAAUGUCCAAAACCCCAGCGCCGCCUACCAGAUCGUCCACAGGCUGGUCGAUCAUGGAGUGCCAAUGAACGUCAUAGCGCAAGGCAUUACACCUCUCACGCUGCUCGUCACCGAGGCCAAGUACAAGCCUGCAAUCGCAUUGGUCGAGCGUGGUGCUGAUCCCUACUUCGACGGCCACAAUGAGAAAAGGUGUACACUGAGCUGGUGUUUUAAUGAUAGAUGUAUCGACCCGUCAGAGCCAGAGUCCGUGACCAAAGAGUUGAGGGAGGACCGACGCAAGCUGGUGUCCCUGCUCAUUGCGAAAGGGGCCGACGUGAACAGAGUCGCGAUUACUGGAGAUGAACAUCCCACGCCCCUCUGCUGGGCACUAGAAGGGGGUCAAGACGUCGAAUGUAUCAGGAUUCUCCUCGAUGCCGGAGCCAGCAUCAGGAACGCUGUUACAUAUACAGAUGGUUCCAAGACCGAGGGUCUGCUCCGUGUGCUCUUCCGCAAAGUCGGCGGCUUACCCCCAUGGAUUCCAAGGGUGGAGGGCCCUAGCGAAGCAUUUUUUGAGCCUUACAAGGACUCUGUGCGUCUCUUGUUGGAGAAUGGUGCGCGCAUUGACUCGGUUGAUGAUGAGGUGUCAGCCUUGGGGAUAUGCUGUCAGAUGGCAACUCCAAAGAUAGGAACCUGGGCCCUCGAGUUUCUCGUGGACAAUUCUACGCGCCGAAAUGUCACGCUAGAGUUCGUUGAAGCUAUUUUGGAGGAUACGGAGGACGAGGCGGUACGCACGCUGUUGGGGCGGCUGCGAGACAAGUUAGCGGGAGAUGGUGAGGAUGAUGAGGCAGAGACGGCUGACGAAUAG